GACAAGGUAUACGAUGAAGUAAUGCGUGUGGUAGGUCCAGACAAGAAUAUUGAAUAUAAUGACGUACCAAAACUUGAAUACACAGAAAGGGUAGUGAAAGAAUCAUUGAGGCUGUUUCCUGUGCUUGCCAUGGUUGGCCGACAUGUCGUAGAAGAUGUAGUUAUUGGUAAUUAUGUAGCACCUGCAGGCACCUGUCUUGUAUUCCCCAUAUUGCAUAUGCAUAGGUCCGAAGAACACUGGAAGGACCCGUUGAAAUUUGAUCCAGACAGGUUUUUGCCUGAAAAUAUGGCAGACAGGCAUCCUCUAACCUACUUUCCAUUUUCGUUUGGCGUUAGAAAUUGCAUCGGUUGGAAAUAUGCAAUGAUGAGCCAAACGGUUUUACUGGCUCACGUUAUCAGGAAAUUGAGAAUAUUCACAGAAUAUAAAUCUAUAGAAGAAGUCGAAACGGAACUACAUGCAUUUACUAGAAUAAAAGGCGGACCCAAAGUUUUCGUCAAGGCCAGAUGAUGAGAUAGCAUGGAUGAGGAUGGGAG